GAACGCAGCAUUUGGCUUGCACAAAUCCUCUCCGUUAAUCGCCUCUACCGGCUGGCAGGGAUUCAGACAUCAUGCGGUCAACUGUGGGUGGUGUCAAGCCAUAAGCGUGUCUCAGUGGCAAACACACGGAGGGCUGCUCUGACGGUGGAUGCAGGAGGAAGCUGCGGAGAGCUCAAUGGCUGUGAAAAUGGAUUUAAAUGCCAUCUUAGAGCAAAUGGAGACGGGAGAGCAAGACAGUGCUCUGGCGGCUCUACAGAGCUACAACAAGGAGAUGAACCAGUGCUUUACAUUCAGCAAGGAGGAAGAGCAGGACAGAGAGCAUCUGGGCGAGUUGGUGCUACGUUUCCUGAACAGGGAGUUGCAGCCUUCCUGUCAGCUGGCCUGUCUAGAAACGGUUCGAAUCCUGUCCAGAGACAAAGAUUGCCUGACUCCCUUCAUCAGCCAUUCUGCCAUGUCCAGUCUUGCCCACUAUGCCGGUAUCGCCGUGGCUGGUACUGCCACAACUGCCCACAGCCACACAGUGGAGGGCCAAGUGGAGGAUGAGGGAGGAGAGGCGGCAGACCUAUCCGGUGAGGUGGUGAAGGAAGCCUCCCACCCUUCAGAAAAUGCUGACCAGGAAGUAAUUGUUGAGGGUCUCAAGUCCAUCUGUAACAUCCUGCUACACAAUGAGAGAGGACAGGUGGUAGCAGCAGAUCUGCAGCUGAUAAAGGGUGUUGCAGAGAGGCUGAAGCAGUGUCAUGAUCCCACCUGGAACCAUGAGGUGCGAUUCUUUGACCUGCGCCUCACCUUCCUGCUGACUGCCCUGAGAGUGGACACCAGGGCACAGCUGGCUCAGGAGCUUCAUGGCAUCAGUCUGCUAGGCAACCAAUUGGAUGCUACACUGGGUCUGUGCUGGCCAGACACAUUGGAAACAGCCAGGGCAGGGUUAGAGGGCGUCCCACCUGAAGAACUGCCCCCACUGAGCCGGCAGCAGACAGAACUAGCCAUGGAAAUACUGAAAAUACUCUUCAACAUCACAUUUGACACAACCAGGCGCAAGGUUGACGAGGAAGAGGCAGCAGAGUACAGACAUUUGGGAGCCAUACUGAGACACUGUCUGAUGAGCCAUGCAGACGGAGAGGAGCGCACUGAGGAGUUCCACAGCCAUACUGUUAACUUGCUAAGUAACCUCCCCCUGCCCUGUCUGGAUGUACUACUGAUACCCAAGGUGCAACAAGGCUCCAUCGAGUACAUGGGGGUCAACAUGGAUGCUGUCAACAUGCUGCUGGAAUUCAUGGAGAAAAAACUUGACCGGGGACAUAAGCUGAAGGAGACCCUUCUCCCAUCGCUGAACCUGCUGACUGAGAGUGCCCGCAUCCACCGAGAGACCAGGAAGUUCCUCAGGUUGAAGGUGCUGCCCCCACUGCGGGAUGUGAAGAACAGGCCGGAGGUGGGCAACGCUCUGAGGAACAAACUAGUCCGUCUUAUGACACACAUUGACACUGAUGUCAAGGACUGUGCUGCUGAAUUCCUCUUUGUUCUUUGCAAAGAAAGUGUUCCGAGGUUCAUUAAGUACACUGGAUACGGUAAUGCUGCAGGUCUGCUGGCUGCCAGAGGACUGCUUCGGGGGGGCCGAGACUCUGGGAUCUAUUCUGAGGAUGAAGAAUCUGAGACAGAGGAGUACAGAGAGGCCAAGGCCCAUAUAAACCCAAUAACAGGAGUUGUAGAAGAAGAGCAGCCCAAUCCCAUGGAGGGAAUGACAGAGGAGCAGAAAGAAAUUGAAGCCAUGAAGCUGGUCAACAUGUUUGACAAACUGUCAAGGACCAAUGUGAUCCAGCCCAUGCAGCUCGGUAUGGACGGGAAGAUGAGGGAGAUGACUCCUAAGGAUCUGCAUAAACUGGCCCACAAUCCUUUGUUCCAGCCAGAAGAGCCAGCUAAUUCAGACAGUGAGAAUGAGGCUUAGUGAACAGAAGCAUAAAGACAGAAACAGAUUCAACUCCUGUGACAACCGUGGAAGAUCUGUCUCAUUAUUUUAGAACCUGAUGGGAGCUGAAGUACGGAAAGUCAGUGUAAUAUUAUAACAAAUACAGCUUAGACAUGCUCUAUAUGAUAAGUUCCAUUAUGAUUUGGCGCUAUAUGAAUAUCAUUUAAUUGAAGUGAAAUCAGUCAAAACACAGCAUUAUGUAACAGUUUGGGUCCGUGUUUCUCUGUUGAGGGAAACUCAGAGCCACGCUGGUACUGGGGUUUCCACAAUACACUCUAACACAUCAUCCCUAUCAAGCCCGGUUGUACAACUACUAUUUUAUCAUACAUGAACAAAACAGAUGCCACACGUAGCCCAAAAGUUAAUGUUGAGUUGAGAGGCAAAAGCAAAACAGGAGCUAAGCAACAGACAUCCAUUCACUGCAGGUGUACCGCUCAAAUAACUCAAGGCAGGUUAGGCGCUGUCUGAUGAUGCUUCUCUCGUAUCUAGGCAACACAGUCUCUUAAAGGCGCAUUUUACAAUUUCAGCUGUUACAAGUAAAUGAAGCAGCUUAAAGGACCAAAUUUGUAGAUGACUUUGCUUCCUUUCUUUGUUUCACUUCAGUUCAUUACUCAGUGAAAACCCUAAGGGCACUGUGGAGCACUGUAUAACAACACCAAGUGAAACGGAUAUUUGUGCUGGUUUCCUGUAGGAUGGUUUAAUGUAGGUUUGGAAGGUCAACAUUGUUCCUCAGUCAACUCAUAUAAGCUCCAAGAGAUUCAUUCUUUUGAUUGACAGCUAUUGCUAGCUUUCAGAAAGUGGUGGGGGAAAUUCUUGGCGACUCAGAAGCCAGCAUCUGGUCCCCUAGUAUAAAAAAUAAUUCUACUUGAAUGCAACAGAGAAACCAAACCGUCCCUGCUUACACAACACAUAACCAGUCAGUCAGUCUAAAAAUUGAUGAUGUACUUGGAAAAUACGUGAAAAAAUCAGCUUCCUCUGGCUCCUCCUAGUGCUUGUAAUGGCAAAACAAAAACAACCAAUCAGAGCCGUGAAAAAUACUACUUAUUAUAUAGUCUAUUGUUUUUAUUUUUAAAUGUACCUACUGCAGCUUUAUUUGGUUAAUAGUUGCAGUUCAUGUUUAUUCACGAUUCUCAGUGUGAAGAUUAUCACUGUGCCUCAGCUCUUUUAUCAUCUUUCAUUGGUCAUUGGUUAUUUCUCAUCCUCAUUCACAUGUCAGCUCCACACACGUACUGUAUGCUGUGUGCCAUUGUGUUGACCCUUCCCAUUCCAUUCCCCCAGCCUCUGUUGUAAAGCUGUUCAUGGUUCUAGACCAGCAAAGGGUUGCCGCACUGGAACCAGUUUUCCCAGCUGAGGAUUUUCCACCAAUGUAGCUCUGAUUAUUGAACCGGUUUCGUUUAAGAUUUUUGGAACCUUGUUGCUAUCUAGUGAAUCAGCCUGUGUUUCCACCAGUUUUGAGCGGAACCAUUGUAAUCAGAUGCAUCAUCAACAGAGGGUGCUGCACAAUGCACAGAGACCUGUGGAAUAUGACACACCCACUUUUGUUGCCAAGGAAAACCUGAUACUUUUUGGUUCCAGUCGGGUACCAACUUUUUGGGUUCUGAACCACUUUGUUUUUGGUCAAAAUGUUCCGAACUGUUUCAAACCAGGUGCCCUAAACAGAAUGGAGUCAGUCCCCUGUUGGUGGAAAAGGCACAGAACCUGAACCUCAUAAGCGUCAUGGUUCAGGGUCAUUUAUUGCAGUAAGCCUUUAUAGCAGCAUGUUUAAAAUGAAUAAUAAUCAAAUGAAAUUAUAUGAUGCAGUUUACAAAACACUGCAGCUGAGGUCACCCAGAACUUCCUACCUGAGACCCAGACCAUCUGUUAGCCAAGAUAGUUUGGAUUUGAUUAGUUGAGGGUCUUCACCUUUUAAGACUUCUGUGACCACCUCGAAGCUCAAAGGUGAAAGGAACUUGGUUUGUAAUCUGUAAAGCUUUAGAAAAACUCAACAGCAUCAUGUUUUUCAGAAACAACACCUCAGUUACUUCAAUGUAAUGCGUGUUAUUUUAACUAAAGAAAAGUUUUGAAACGGAUUACAUCAAACAUUUAUUUAAAGCUUUCGAUGAAACAGCUUUUACUAGUAAUUUUAGAUGACACUAACUUAGUAUGACAAGUUAAGGAAACUUUCCUGAUUAAGCAUUUUAUUUUCACAGUACAAAUAAAAAAUGUAAUCAGUUUCAAAAAAUGUUUAGUUAAAUUAACCGGUUUUACAGUGUGUUACUCAGGACAAUCCACAGACCUCUAUAUCAACUUUGUAGGAAUAUUUUACAGAAUGUUGGAGCAUGGUGAGAUGGAAGACAGUUGUCAAAUCUACUCUUCAUUUGAGCGGAGGAAAAUGUAUGGAAGCUAGCCAAAGAGCUGUCUUUCAGUUUGAGACAAUGGAAUCAACUGUAUUUUUGAAAUAAGAAAAAAAAGAAGACUUUUAGAUGCCUGUUGUUUUUCAAAAAGCCCUUCAGAUGUUUUAUUUUUUAAGUGAAACAUGAAACUGCAGACAGAUAAGUUCUAAUUUUAGAGUGAAGAUUAAAUAAUUUUAUGCAAAGAAAGACUAUAAUCUGAAACACAUUAUAUAUUCAAUGUAUACUCCUUUAUAUUGUUUAGCUUCUAGAGUGGACUGUAAUGUACAUUAAACGUGUUUAAAGGACA